AUGAAGGUAGAGUGGUACGGUGAAACCAAGCCAGUGGCUGAUAAUAGCUCUGAAGAAGGUAAGCAGCGAAAUAGAAGAGUAGAGGUCAAAGUUUUGGAUGCUAAGUUGGAAAAUAUGUCUAGACCUAGUCCAGCACCGAGUGCGCCAGCUGUACCUAAAGCGGCAGAAGUUAAGAAACCUGCUGCCACAGCACCUACUGCUCCUAAGGUAGAAACACCUGCACCUAAAAAGGUAGAGGUGAAAACACCAGCAGAGUCUACAGAGACUGGCUCUGAUGUACCAAAGAAGACUCCACAGGAAGAGUUAAAUGAAAAUGCCAAUAAUUUACAUCAGUUGAAGACCGCUGGUAGAGCAGAGGCUGGAGCUGCAUUGGCAGAGGCUAGAGAGAAGGGAGACCUUAGUGAAAAUGCUGAGUAUGAUGCUGCUAAAGAGGAACAAGCUAAACUCGAGAAGCGCAUAGCCCAACUGGAAAUGGCUAUGACCAAUGUAAGAAUAUUAGACGAAAAGGAAAUAGAUGACUCCAAGGAAAAGCAGACGUGA